UGGUGCGCAUAUUGAAUUAGGCCAAAACAACGUGGCCGUGAAAAAUGGAAAUAGAGAAUAAUCAAAUUCAAUGAGAACUUUUUAUUUUUUAUUGAGGAGUACCGUAAGGAAUUGCGUCAUCGGCGGUCAAGGACAGUUCGUGCUCUCUGAAGGCUGGCAGAAGCUGAUCGUCGUCUUGGAUUGCUGUGACAGUGUGAUGAAGAAUGACAUACACUGAUUUGAAAAAUGAAAUCUGCACCACAUGGGUGCAGCUGAGUGCUGAACAGAUGGCCCAGGUCCGUAUGGCACUUCUGGAAGUUUCCCGCUCAGUAGGGCAGUACCCACGCAUGAGAGAAAUAAGCAAGUGUUAUGAUCUUUCUUCAGCUCUCAUUUUGCUUGAAAAAUGGAAACUUCUGACACCUCAAAAAGUGGACAUUCUUCUUUGGCUCACUAAGGAUGUGGGACCUCAUUCAGAAAUGAUUCGGGGUCUCAUAGAACAGUACAAGAAAAUUUCCAUCUCUUCUGUCAACACCCAUCGAAGUCAAGAAAGGCAUGAUGAUCAGAACAGAUUGCCUCAUGAACCUAUCUAUGCCAAAAUCUGUGAGUACCUGAGCGAAAAUCUUCGAGGAAGGUGGUCGGACUUGGGGCGUUCCCUAAACCUUGGUAAUCUUGUCAGUGAGCUGUUCCGAGAAUCAGGUAUUAGAAACAAAGACAAGAUUCAUCAGGUCUUGGAGGAACACAGACUGCAGGCACAAGGAGACCCCAUACCAGGGCUGCUGCAAGCAUUACAAGAUUGUGAAUUAAACCUGCAACGCAGACACAUCAUAAAGGAAAUUAUCUCUUGAGAAUAUGUUUUCUUCUGUCUUGUGAAGUUGGUCCUGAACCUAAACAGCAUUUCUCAUGAAAGAGAAGGAUUAUAGAUUCACAAAAUUUACUAACAUUAAUGACAGGUAAGUCAGAUUUUCUUGGUGAAAGCAACAGGGCAUGUCAAGGAAUAGUUUAGAUUACCAUUAACCCGUUAACUGCUGUACGCCUCUCAGGCGGCUUCUUCAGGAACGUGCUGUACACCUCUUGGAAGCGUGAUUUUUAGAUUGCUUCUAUAAAACUGCUGAACCUUGUACACCCUCGAAUCUAUUUUUUCUAGUUAGCAUAGCGUCUCAUGUUUCAUUUUUCAUCUUAGACAUGCAGAUUUUGUCAUUAGUUUGUCGUCUGUCAAGAGUGAUAAAGACAUUUGUAUGGGAAGCCUA